AUGGCAGUCUUCAGCAAGAUGUCAGGCCGAUCCAGCCGUCGUACAGGUGCUGCAUCGACCUUGGCCUUGGGAGCUGGAGCUCUGAUGCUCAGCAGUGCAGCUUUCGUCGCCCCAGGUGCCGCACGCCAGUUGCAGCCCCACCUUGGGAGCACCGCGAGCCCAGCGCCUGCAACUCCUGCGGCUUCUUCGAGCACCGGCACCAGCGCCAGCUUUGCAGCUGCCGCGGCCAUGGGCGGGGCCACGUUGAUGGCCAGCCGCACCAAGGCGCACAAGGCAAAGGCCAGCCGCCAGAGGCACAUCGUCUAUGCCCAGAAAGACCUCACGGAGUCUGGCCUGGCCCAGCUGGUCGCCUCAGUGCAGGAGUUGCUGCGACAUGUUCGUCCUGUCAGCUGUGAGUCGUUGCCAACGGAAUCCUAUUGGCAUUGUGUACAGUGUCGAAAUGUGCAGCAGUAUGAUGUGCUCUCAAGGCCGGGGCAAGGCGAUCGUUUGGGCGAGGUGAAAGCACUUGCAGCUGCACUGCGGCCCAACGUGCAGUUGGAUGGUCCACUGCGCUGGAUGACCAGCCUGGCGGCAUCCUUCCUGUUCUCUCAGAGCUUGGCCCUGCAACCUGCGAAUGCUGAGGAUGUCGUCAACUACUCGGACUUCAUCGACUCGGUGAACAAGGGCGAUGUCGAGAUGGUGCGAGUUCAGCCAGACCAGCUUUCUGCCCAGUACAUCACCAAAGAUGGAUCCCGGAGGGAGGUGAACCUGAUUCCCAAUGUGCAAAUUGAAGAUCAGCUCUUCAAUCAGUUGGCCGAAAAGAAGGUGGAUGUGGUGAUGCAGAACGCUGAAGCCGGAAGCCCUUUGGAUUUCCUGGCACGCUUUGCUGGUCCACUCGCCUGGUUGGUGGCUGGCUUGUUGCUCCUCUUCGGCGGAGUGGGUGGAGCUGGCCCAGCAGGACCUGGUGGACCAGGCGGAAACCCAUUCGAACUGGGCAAGUCGAAAGCUCGAAUCAUCAAAGAUGGCGACACCAAGGUGAAAUUCGGAGAUGUCGCUGGCUGUGAUGGUGCCAAAACGGAGCUGGUGGAAGUGGUGGAUUUCUUGAAAAACGCCUCCAGGUAUUCCGAGCUUGGCGCAAAGAUCCCAAAGGGAGCGCUACUGGUUGGUCCUCCAGGUACCGGCAAGACGCUGUUGGCCAAAGCCGUGGCCGGGGAAGCAGGGGUGCCUUUCUUCAGCAUUUCCGCCUCAGAGUUCGUUGAAGUCUUUGCAGGAGUCGGUGCUUCCCGCGUCAGGGACUUGUUCGAGCAGGCCAAGAAGUCAGCGCCCUGCAUCAUUUUCAUCGAUGAGAUUGACGCAGUCGGGCGCCAACGAAGCGCCGGCUUUGGACAAGGAAACGACGAGCGUGAGCAAACGGUGAAUCAGCUCCUGACUGAAAUGGAUGGCUUCGAGAGUAACAAGGGAGUGGUGGUAAUUGCAGCGACGAACCGUGCGGACAUCCUGGAUCAAGCGUUGGUUCGCCCGGGCCGCUUUGAUCGUCAGAUCCAGGUCGAUCCUCCAGAUGUUCAGGGCCGAUACGAGAUCCUGAAGGUCCACGCCAAGGGCAAAAAUUUGGCCCCUGGAGUCGACUUGUUGGCUGUCGCGCGCCAGACCCCUGGCAUGUCAGGUGCAGACCUGGCCAACUUGUUGAAUGAGGGUGCCAUCAUGGCGGCGCGAAAAGCCAAAACCGAGAUGGAUGCUGAUGAUAUCUUCAACGCACUGGAACGCAUCGGCCUGGGCCUGGAAAAGAAGGAUGCGGUCAUGUCGGAGAAGAAGAGAAAGUUGGUGGCGUAUCACGAAGCAGGUCAUGCAAUCUUGGGUGCGCUGAUGAACGACUACGAUAUGGUGGCAAAAAUCAGCAUCAUUCCCCGUGGUCCUGCUGGCGGAGUGACUAUCUUCAUGCCCUCCGAAGAGCGUUUGAACUCAGGCCUCUACUCCAAGGAGUUCUUGGAGAAUCGCAUGUGUGUGGCACUAGGUGGACGCCUGGCCGAAGAGAUCAUCAACGGCAAGGACAACGUGACGACCGGAGCCUCCAAUGACUUCCAGCAGUGUACUCAGGUCGCCAAGCAAAUGGUGAUGCAACUGGGCAUGUCGCCCGAGAUCGGCCAGCGCAUGUUGGGUGGUCAGCAGGGUGGUGGGCCCUUCAUGGGUCGCGACUUCAUGGGACAAGGUGCUCCUCCCAUGUCGCAGGCGCUGAAGCAAAAGGUGGAUGACGAGGUGAAGCGCAUCGUGGAUGAGCAGUACCAGCGAGGAAUGAAGUUGCUCAGAGACAACAUGUAUUUGUUGGACGAGUUGGCAAAGAUGCUCCUGGAGCAAGAGAAGGUGUCAGGCGAAGAGCUCAUCAAGCUGAUCAACAAGGCAGCAGUAGAUGGUAAGCUGGCCGUGGACAACAAACAGAUGGCCUUUGCCGCCUACACUGGUGAAGCGGUUCAACCGGCUGGAGACAACUCCAAGGUGGCUGCCAGGGCACGCCUUCCACAGCCGACCUCCUUGGUGUCCGGUGGUUUCUGCGGAACCACAGGUGCAGCUUCACGUUCGGCUACCAGCCGCCGUGCCAUCGCAAGACUCGGCUUGGCAGCCGACAAGGCGGAUGCGCCAGCCACCAGCGAAGAGGUCUUUGACAGUGUGACCAAGAUGGCCGCAGAUGUGUCCAACGGCGCCGCAUUGCCAAAGCAAGUCGUGCAAACAGCUGCUUUGCAGACGCUGGUCGCGUUGGCCGCCACCGCAGCGCCAUUGCCGGCCCUGGCCGAUGAUGUCGUGCCACAGCUUCAGCCCAUCGGACAGAUGCAGCCGGCGAGCCAGAUGCAGGUCACGGGGCGAGUGACGUACUCGCGUUUCUUGGAGUUCAUCGAUGACGGUUCAGUGAAGCGCGUAGACAUCUACGACAUGGGCAAAACAGCUGUGGCCACAGUGGACAUCGCUGGCCGAAAUCAGGAAUUAGUCUGUGAUUUGCCAGGAGCUUCAACAGGAGUCAUUGCCAAGCUGGUCGACAAGAAUGUUGCCAUCGACGUCCAUCAGCCGGAGAAGCCAAACCCUUUUCUCCGCACGCUGGGCGAUGUGGCCUUUCCACUCUUGACCAUUGCAGGCUUGCUCUUCUUGCGCUCCCAGGGAGGUGGUGCUGGUGCUGGUGGCAUUCCCGGACUGGGAAACCAAGGCAAGGCACAGAUCAUGAUCGAGCCUGAAACUGGUGUGAAGUUUGAGAACGUAGCUGGCAUCGAUGAAGCAAAGGAGGAGUUGAUGGAGAUCGUUGACUUUCUGAAAGCUCCGGAGCGCUUUGUGAAGGUCGGUGCAAAGAUUCCUCGUGGUGUCUUGCUCACUGGCCCUCCCGGCACCGGAAAGACUUUGAUGGCCAAGGCUCUGGCAGGUGAGGCUGGAGUGCCUUUCAUCCAAUCCUCUGCCUCCGAAUUCAUCGAACUCUUCGUUGGGGUUGGAGCUUCGCGCGUCCGCGAUAUCUUCAAGCAAGCCAAGGAGAAGUCGCCCUGCAUUGUUUUCAUUGAUGAGAUUGAUGCUAUUGGACGACAGCGAGGUGCUGGCAUGGGUGGUGGAAAUGAUGAGCGGGAGCAGACCCUCAAUCAGAUCCUGACUGAAAUGGAUGGCUUCGAAGGCAACAGCGGUGUCAUCGUGGUGGCAGCGACCAAUCGUUCUGACAUCUUGGACAACGCCCUGCUGCGGCCAGGGCAAUUUGAUCGUCGCGUGACCGUGGGCUUGCCGGACGUGAAGGGCCGGGAGCAGAUCCUCAACGUGCACAUCCGUAACAAGAAACUGACUGAGUGCACCACUCUGACUGAAAUCGCCAAGAGAACUGCCGGCUUCAGCGGUGCUGACUUGGAGAAUCUGAUGAACGAGUCUGCCAUCCUUGCGGCUCGGCGCAACAAGACGGCCAUCACCAUGGAUGAAAUCAAUGAUGCCACGGAUCGCGUCAUUGCGGGCUUGGAGGGACGACCGUUGCAGGACAACGCUUCGAAGAAGCUCAUCGCCUACCACGAAGCGGGCCACGCCAUCGUGGGUUCUUUGCUGCCGCAUCACGAUGCCGUCAAUAAGGUCACCGUGAUCCCCCGCGGUCAGGCAAAGGGACUUACCUGGUUCACACCUGGCGAAGAUCAGAGCUUGAUCUCUGCUGCUAUGCUCAAGGCACGCAUUGCCGGGGCCCUGGGUGGCCGUGUGGCGGAGCAGUUGGUCUUCGGUGCUUCACAAGUGACCACGGGCGCUGGGGGCGACCUGCAGCAGGUGGAGCGAAUGGCUCGCGCCAUGGUGACGCAGUUCGGGAUGUCCGAUGUGGGCUCCAUUGCGAUUGAUGAUGGUGGCUUUGGAGGCCCCAACUACUCAGAAGAUUUGAAUUUCAAGAUCGACCAAGCUAUCAAGGAUAUCUCUGACGAGUGCUUCAUGACUGCCUGGAACCUUCUGAACACUCAUCGAGAUUGCUUGGACCGAGUUGCAGAAGAACUUUGUGAGGCUGAGACCAUCACCGGAGAUCGCCUGCGGGAGAUCAUUGGAGAGUACACCACAGUUCCUCAAAAAUUGGCUGUCGUUUGA